UUUUUGAAAGUUCCUUAAAAUCAUUGCGACUUACAAGCCUUAAUUGUUUAAUACGAUAUUUGUUUUUCAAGCCAUGUCUAUGAGUUCCACAAAUGAACUUUCCUAUCGAUGGGUUUUCUCGCUUGAUGCUCGUACUUGAAGAAAGGGGCAAAUAUUUGACCCCUCUCCCGAUUCCCCAGAGAGAAACCCAUCGACUCGCCAACGUUGAUGUCGCAAAGAGACUCGAAGGAUAACAGCACAGUAACGUCGGUCGGUUUGAACAAAAUGGAUGAAUCGAUUCAUGCAUGCCGCUAAAUUUUGUUCCCGGUUUUAUUCUGCAAACAUAACAAAAAUUUUUAAGUGCCGUCCUAGUUCUGGUAGGAGUGAAUGUUACUUUCUAUACCCAGCACUGCACUAAGAUUGGUUUAAGACCUUGCAUAGCUGCCCUCAAACCUAGUCGCCAUGGACGAGUUAUCAUCAGAAAACUUGAUCAUAGAUUUACAUCCUACGCAAAAACGACUUAUACUGCCACCGGAAAUCAUAAAGAAUCUUGAUCAUGUCUACCGAAGCAAUCCUUAUCCAUCCAAAUCAGAGUACGAAAACCUGUGCAAAGAUAUGAACCUACCAUUUAAACGUGUUACGAACUGGUUUUGUAACCGACGACGACGUGACGCGAAAUCGGGAAAGAUCUGCCGUAAAUGUCGUUUCUUUCAAGCGCCUAUCAACGAGCAGACACAUGAACAACAUGUUAAUCGUCGUCCAUGCAUUUCAUAUUGGAGUUUGCCAACUGUGGCUCCUCCACCAAUUGUGCUGUUCUCGUCUCCGUCUGUGGAAUCCGGACAUUCAUCCUUUGAAAAUUCAAAAAACCAAGAAAUUAAAUUGGAGAUAAAUGAAAGUAUGAUGACCACUCCUGCACAGAAUAUUGUGCCAUCUGCUUUUUCCUUGUCAGUUCAGCCUGACACAUUUACUUCUGAACAGUCGACUGUAGCAUCUACGACUCGAUACAAUCACCAACAUCAGUAUAAAAUUGAUCACCACCCAAUGGACAUGGCAGCUGGAAAUAGCUGGAUGAUGCCCCCUACUGGAUCGCCAUUCUGGCCACUGCCGCUGCAUAAUUACUGUCAAACACCCAACCUGCAGCAAGUGCCAUUGGACUGUAAUCUGCCACCCGAUUGGAGAUCAUGCCAUACGCAUCACCCAAUGCCCAGUUAUUCGCUGCCUUAUGAAUCUUACUCUCAGUACAUGAAAACAGAGAAGAAUGGUAACUAUUAUGAGCAUGAUGGAACUAAUAAUAAUUAACCGUCUCUCGUACUUUCAAUGUUUUAUACUGCCAGUAUAUUACUCAUCCACGGCCCAUUUUCGCUUUUAUUAUGCACUGUGUUUUAUCUAGAUAUUAACUCAGUUAAGUUCAUGAGUGAUUGACUCGUGUACUACUUCUCAGUGUAAAAGCAGCCGCUUAUUUGUUUGUAUUUGGCUGUAUCGUUCUUACUUUUACAAAACUUGGGUGAAUAAUCCAGAACCCUUUCAAUCCGG